UGACGUCACUCAUAUACAAAUGGCGCGAGGUCGCAGAAAAAGCGCAAGUGUUAACAUGGCUGGGAAGUAAAAAGCCACGCUUGACAUUAUAUGACCCUUCUGUAAUCGUGUUUACUAGUGGCUUUUCGCCAAAUAUGUCGUUUUCUGAGAUGAUACAAUAACUCGAAAAUGAUGGAUUCGCAGAGAAGUAGUGAUUUUCAGGCCACUGAGAGAAUAUUUCGCAAAGUAAUACACCCUGGCCUGGAUUCUCUUCGACUUGUAGACAAGAAUGGCAUCCCCAUCAAUGCUCCACUCAACAGCAUGAAGCAGAAAAUGUUCAUCCUUAGUCCAAGAGGGGUUCCAACUCGCGUGACAAAUCACGCAUACAGUGGCCAACCCAUGCGCAUGUCACGACCUUAUUCUGAAGGGCUCAGCCGUAUAGAGAUGCCAGAUUAUUACAAUGAAAAUACUUACGAAUCUUCAUCAUAUGGGACACCCCAGUCUAUCACACCAUACAGUUCUAAAAGGAAUACGUCUAACUUUACCAGGGGGAAUCGCCCAAUGGUCAAGUCAAAGAGUGCCUCUAGUCGAGGAUACCUCAGCAGCGUAGCUGAUGAGAAGCGAUACCUGCAGUCAGCCAAGAGCACCCAGAGUUCUCAAUGGAACAGCAGCAGUCAAGGACUAAGGCUCGAGAAAGAAUGGACUGACCUGGCCAACUCAAGAUCUCUUAAACGGAAUUCAGAGAUCGUAACACAUAGAGUUGACAGAAUGUAUUUUAUGACUGGGAACUCGAUCAACAUUAAGCCCAAGUAUCAGGUAGAUGAGGACGAGCUGAAUCACCUGAGAGAGCUUUCCAAAUCCAGGCAGUCGUCAAGACGACAGAGUCGGCAUGCUCAAUUUUUGGAACCCUGUAUGGAGGAGGAGGAGGAAUCUAUGUGUGAAAUGGAGGGAAAAGAAAUCAUCACUCUAGAAGUUGAUUUAACACAGCCUUGUGAAGUGGAGGAAAAAGAAAUCAUCACUCCAGAAGUCGAUUUAACACAGCCUUGUGAAGUGGAGGAAAAAGAAAUCAUCACUCCAGAAGUCGAUUUAACACAGCCUUGUGAAGUGGAGGAAAAAGAAAUCAUCACUCCAGAAGUCGAUUUAACACAGCCUUGUGAAGUGGAGGAAAAAGAAAUCAUUACUCCAGAAGUCGAUUUAGAUAUAGAAGACCCAUAUGUCAAUGUCAGCAGACAUCAGGGCAUUCAGUCUGUAGUUCUAGACAGAUCAGAAGAUUAUACAUGUACAAGGAUGCAGAGUGCAAUAACAACCCAUAUAGGACCUACAGUUGUGGGUGAUAUUGAAGACGAGGGAGGGGGAAAUGAAAAUGUUCCCGUUACGUCACAGAAAAUCACAUGCUCUGUAGCGGUCGGAACCAGCCGUUCAGAUGAAGUGAAAGAGCCUCUUGAACACAUGGUCAAUGAGAGUGUGGUGAUUGACAGUGAGGAGGAAAAUGCGCCGACAGGAGGCUCAAAGAGCAUAAAAAACUCAACAGAUGAGAGACCAUCAUCAGAUCUGACCGAUACAAUUUAUGCCUUAUCAAAACAACUGUUGUCUCCAAAUCCUAGUUUUGUUAGUAAGGACUCUGGAAUUCAGAAUGAUCAAGACAAGAAUUUCAUAGAAGAUAAGGUGUCACAGAAUCCUCUUGAACCCACUUCUCAAAAUGAUAAUGGUGAAAAUGAAGAAAAGCUCAAGUUUACUCACUGGAUUGUGGAUUUUGGCAAUGUCGCUGUUGCAGACAUUUUAGUUUAUGGAAAAAAAGGCACCAGUGGUGAAAGUCAUCCAACAUGUCUGAAGGAUUCUUACUCCAGUGUCAAGAAACAUCGCUUUGGAAUCAAAACAGGUACUGAACUGCAAGUAAAUUGUAAAAAGAAAACUACUAAAAGACAAAUCAAAACAUGCAGGAAUAAAGAGAGCAGGCCUUGUCUACGAAUGGCUAAUGUGAGAACUUAUGCUGUUGAAAAACCUUCAAGGAAUUUCCCAAACAGGAAAACCAAGUCCGUUGGGUACAGGACUCUUCACUUGCAACCAGUGAAUUGUGGAUGUAGGGAAAAGAAUGGAAAUCUCCACAAUACUCUGUUUAUUGAGGGAACAUCUGCUCCUUUCUACAAGGUGGCCAAUAAAGCGAUGGAUGGUUUCCAGUUUAAUAACUCAUAGAAAUGAAAGGGCAUCAAAAUAAAAGUGAAAGUUGCAGUACAUUGAGUUCAACCUAAGUUAUUUAAACUUUUGUCCUGUGUUACUAAUGGUUUAAUAUAAAGUUUUACCGAGAAUUAAACCUAUUUUCUGUCUGUAUAUAUUAGGGUCAUUCAUAUGCCUGCGUGGUGAGUAUAUUACUGUACGUGUACAUUUAUUUUAGUGCAUUUAUAUUUUAGUGCCUUUCACAGCCUAAAUCGCAGGAGCGCUAAUUCAUCAUUUUGGUUAUAAAAAUUGAAAUUCUCUGGACAGUUAUUAUUGUGUCACAUAGUCACAUUAAUUCAUGCAUAGGUCGAGCAGUGCAUCAGCUCCAGCUGAGCUAAAAUUUAAGUGUGCUAAAAUUACUACACGUAUAGUAAGUCAUUUCUAUGUCAAUCAUAUAAUCUUAUAACAUCAGUAACCCCCCCCCCCCCCCUACAUUGGGAAAGGCUAAUUGUAAUACAACGCUCCCUCUGGUGUCUGUAUAUACAUGUAUAUAUGAGGUUUAUAUAAUCAAAGAUGUGUAAAUAUUACAUUUUCUAACAAUGAUGUAAGUCUUUUCCCAAGUAUUAAACUGUUACUCUACUAAUGCCUGAUCUUUCAAAUGUUAUUUAAACAAUAUUUUGUAAAGUAUAUAGCAUAGAAUAUGAUAUAAAGUGAAAGUAAAACACAUCUCAUUAUUUAGUACACAGGUAACAUGAUUCAAUAACACUUGACAUUGUCUUAUAAUAUAGUAGAGGUAAUAUGAUUCAAUAUCAUCUCGUUAUAUAGUAUACAGAGGUAAUGUGAUUCAAUAUCAUGUAAACACAUCUCGUUAUAUAGUACAGAGGUAAUAUGAUUCAAUAUCAUGUAAAAGUAAAACACAUCUCGUUAUAUAGUUCAGAGGUAAUAUGAUUCAAUAUCAUGUAAAAGUAAAACACAUCUCGUUAUAUAGUUCAGAGGUAAUAUGAUUCAAUAUCAUGUAAAAGUAAAACACAUCUCGUUAUAUAGUACAGAGGUAAUAUGAUUCAAUAUCAUGUAAAAGUAAAACACAUCUCGUUAUAUAGUUCAGAGGUAAUAUAAUCCAAUAUCAUAUUAAAAGUAAAACACAUCUCAUUAUAUAGUACAGAGGUAAUAUAAUCCAAUAUCAUAUUAAAAGUAAAACACAUCUCGUUAUAUAGUACAGAGGUAAUAUAAUCCAACAUCAUCUCAUUAUAUAGUACAGAGGUAAUAUAAUCCAAUAUCAUAUUAAAAGUAAAACACAUCUCAUUAUAUAGUACAGAGGUAAUAUAAUCCAAUAUCAUAUUAAAAGUAAAACACAUCUCAUUAUAUAGUUCAGAGGUAAUAUAAUACAAUAUCAUAUUAAAAGUAAAACACAUCCCGUUAUAUAGUACAGAUCAAGGUAAUAUAAUCCAAUAUCAUCUCAUCAUAUAGUACAGAGGUAAUAUAAUCCAAUAUCAUAUUAAAAGUAAAACACAUUUCGUUAUAUAGUACAGGUAAUAUAAUCCAAUAACAUCUCUUUAUAUAGUACAGAGGUAAUAUGAUUCAAUAUCAUGUAAAACACAUCUCAUUAUAUAGUACAGAGGUAAUAUAAUCCAAUAUCAUAUUAAAAGUAAAACACAUCUCGUUAUAUAGUACAGGUAAUAUAAUCCAAUAUCAUCUCUUUAUAAAGUAUAGAGGUAAUUUAAUUCUAUAAUAUCGUUUCUCAUUACAUGUAACUGUCUUCUAUUUGUUACAUAUAUGUAUAUAUGUGCGUAUGCAUAUUUGUUGCGUAUGUGUAUCUUAGCCAAGUUAGACAACUACAAUAGUACAUGUAUAGUUUUAAAAAGCUGCAGUUCUUUACCCCAGUCUAGCGGUAAAUGUCUUCCUCAUAAAUAAGCAGAAGACAUGCAGUGGUGCAUGUGAUCAGAACAAGUAUUAUGAAAGAAAACACUCCACCUCCCAAGAACCACUAUUGCACACAAGUGCAACUAUAGUGUUUUUUCUUAAAAGUCUAUACAAGUAAAAUAUUUGGCUGAAAAUGGUAUUAGAGUUUGGAUUCAAGGUUUUUGACAAGAUGUCUAGUCUCAUGCAACCAGACGCUCUACUUUUUCCGUAAAUAUCUCGAAGAGCUUGUCGGAGAUUUACGAAGAUAGCCGAGCGUCUGGUUGAACGAGACUACAAGAUGUCCUGAUAUCAGAAAUCAUGUUUAGAUUUAUAUGUAUAUUAAUUAUAAAUGUACUUUUGUGUGCGUAAUCCACUUUGAUCGAUUCCAGUAAUCCUGUACCAACUGUAUAUAUAUAUAGCUAACAAUCGCCUGUAUUCACUUGAUUUACAGUUGAGAUUUCUGAUGGUAUUAUAGGGUAUGCAUUGCUUUUCAUGGUAUGGAGGCAUCCUGUAUGUUUAAGCUUUAUUUUUUACCCUAUUAAAUGAUAUCCUUCUUGAUUAUGAUAUUGUUUGCUGUUAAGCUGCUUGAUAAUCUAUCUGGGUGCUGGUCUUGUAAUUCAUGCUGAAUCAAAGUAAAAUGAAAUAAUGCCUUUUAUAAAUUACAUGAAUAGCCAGCUUCUUUUAUUUUUAUUUCAAAUCAAAAUUAUUGUUAAUUCUGUAUUGAAAAUACUUGUUCUAAUGCUUAAUUUUUUUUUUCUUUUCUCUUAUACUUUUUCUUUACCCUUCCCUCUUUCUCCCCAAAAACUUGUUUUUCUGUAAUUUCUGGCUAUCUUGCCACCUCCUAGCAACAGCCGAAAUUCAAAGAAAGGACAGCAAUCUCAACUGGAGGAAGACUUAAAGGCAUUAUCCGUGAAAGAAGGAAAUGGAAACACAGAUAAAAA